UAUGGGAGAGCGCACGAUUCGAGUCUGUUUUCUGGUGAUGUUUCGAUGAUCAGUUCGGAUUAUUAUUCAUGACUUCUUUAUGAACCUAAAUGCCUAACAUAUAAGCCUUUCAAAUCAAAUAUUUUAGAUAUAGUUUUACAAAUAUUUUCACAUCUCUGAAACAAUAUUUCUCAAUAUAUGAUGCUGUGGUCGCAAAUGGUUUGCCAACCUAACAAAUGGAACUAAAAUGUAUGUGUGGAUACUUCUUGUCACGUCUUUAUUAAAAACGUAGUAAGAUCAUGAUAUUCAGGGAACUUCACCAUAAAGAUUUGAAUGAUGAUUCACAUGUCAAGUUCCUUACCGAAAUGGUGUAGAUCAUUCUAAUUAUUUCUCAUUUGGAGUAUGGGAGAAUCGGCUUUAAAGGUAGUUGUUGGCGAUGGAGAGUUUGUUCUUGACAAACCAGAUAUCGUUUCCCAAUACAGUCGUGUAAUUUCAGUCUCUCCAUCGAAUUCAAUAUUAUCAGCUGGAUUAAAAGUUGGGGAUCUUGUAACGUGUAUUGACAGGAUUCCUGUUGGUGGACUAAAACUCGAUGAAUUGCAGUCUUUAAUUAAUGACUCUACCAGUUCCGGUGAACUGAAGCUGAAAGUGAUAGACAAUGGAGGUGAAAUAUGUUGCUCCUUCCCAGUAGAAGUUGGUAACAAAACAAUUUGUCAAACAAUAAAAAAAGUUACUGAACUCUCAUCAGACAAAUCAGAACAUGAGAAUUUGCGAAUAAUACAUCGACAGGCUUAUCGUUCAUCUCCAGACACUGCUAGGUCGCAACGCAAUUUUAAUGUAAGGAAUAGCUCUCUCGAAAAACCUGGUCCGCAAAUAAAUUACAAACCAAAGCACACUUCUACCUGUUCUCCUGUUAUUGGUUCAUGCGAGUCUCAGUUAGGUGCUGUUGCAAGACUAGCUAUCGAUGGCGGUCUGACAACUGAUCAACUACUUCAAAUAGGAUCCUCAGAAACUAAUCAACCUGGGCAUUAUUUAUAUCAAUCAGUCACCAGCUGUAAUCAGAAACGUUUGGUACCAGAUCCCAACUACAGUUUUUCACACUCAAGGAAUACAAAUUUUUCAACCACGCAUCCUACUUCGCCGUACCCUCACGUUUGUCGUGUUUCCCCACGAGGGACUAGAAGACCUUUAUGCUAUAGCUCUAGCCAAUCUGUUAACCUUGUUCGAGGUUCCGGUACAACUGCAGCGCAUGACCAAUCACACGUUGCUAUUUCUCCUACCCAUACUGCUGAUAGCAAUCCUCGUCUAUCUCAGUGCACGACAUCUCGUGAUAACCUACUUACGUGGCAUAAUCUUAACAACAGUAGUCGUGUUUCCCUUGCUGCUCAAAUGACUCGCGUUGGCGGACUUGUUUUCGCCACUGGUUCACCAAAUCUUGUAUCAGAAAAUUCGGACUCGAACCCGGUUGGCAAAAGUAUUUCUUCAGCCAAGCCUUAUCAAUCAAUAUCUGCAUGUACUUCUCCCACCAACUUGAAACAUACUGUGUCAUCUAAUUCCCAAUCAGGUUCUUUCUUUUCAUGUUCAAAUGUUCCUAGUCCGACGAAUACCCCACCUUUAUCUUCCACGAAUGCCAUAUACAAUAUAACAGCUACAGAUAUAGUUCGUUUGGGACCAGGUAAUAUUGUUACUCGAGCUGCAGCUGGUUCGACUGUGUACAGUCCUUCAAGUUUGAUUCGAAUGCACUGUUCUCCACAACCAUAUGUUGGAAUGGGGAUGACUGGAAGUCCUUAUGUUCCGGUAGUGUCCACGCUUACAAUCUCUAAUUUAAACGUCCCUUCACCUGUAUUAUCGGAUGGAGAUGAUUCUUGUUUAUGUACAAAGCCCACCAUCAAUUCUGAACCGAAUAUUUCAACUACAUAUUCAGAUUUAGAGACAAAUAGAACACCUGAAUCAGUCUUCCCUUGUUCAGCAUCUUCACCAAGUCCUACAGAAAUGUCUCCAUCAAUAGUAAACCGACCAGGAACGAAGAAAAGUUAUGUGAAUCCUUCUCUACGAUCUUCAGCACCUGUUACAUCAUCAUCCCAAUAUAUUCCUACUUCUGAAGGCCCUGUCGCUGAUUCCUUCCUACCUCAUCCUAAACCAUUGAAUCUUUACAAUGUACCAAGUUCACAAAUAGUUCGAACCGUUAGACAUCUUCGGCGUAUUAGACACAUUCUUGGUGAUUCAAUUGGCUACACUAGUUCUGCAACGUCAGCAUCCACCAGUGCACUUGCAGAUGAAGAUAAAGAUGACUCUGUUAGUUCAUCUAAAGUUGGACAACUACGAUCUCAUGGUUAUCAUUCAGUUGAAUCGAUCAGACGAUCUAGUUUACUAUGUGAUUGUUUUCCGAAUCAGACUACAGAUGUGAAUGAUAGGAAAUCUGUAAAAAUUUCCAACUCUCAUACACCGUCAUAUCCUGUGACUGCAUCUAUCGACUGGAAUGAUUCUGAAAUAGAGGAUUCUAAAAAAUCACUUGUUUGGUGUAAUUAUCAAAUGACGUUAUCAGGUCAAACACUUGUGUUAACACGAGUAAAUGAUUCUUCAAGUCAGAUUUCUAACCAUCACACUGAUCUUAACGAAAAUUCCAUGCAUAUUCAUAUUCCAUUGUCUGGAGAAAGUUUAAUUUGGUAUUCAGCUUCUGAGUUGCCCGGGAUAACAUGUACAUCUUUACCAUCGAAUUGGGAUUCAGGAGCCGGAGUUAUUGGUGUGUUACACAGUUCAAAAUUAAACUUAACAUGUUACCUUAGCUUUUCGGAUCGUCAGAUAGCGUCUAAUAUCUUUGAUCAUUAUGGACCAGGGAAAAUCAGUGAAGAGUCUAAAGAGAAACACUCUACAGCCAAUUCAUCUCAACCUAGCUUGUCAUCACAUAGAUUACGUUCUAAGUUUUCCUCUGGACGAUCUAGUAUUGGUCUUGCUGGACCUUCUGGUGUAGCGCCAUUAUUUAAAGCUGUUGGGACUGCUGCAGCAUCAGUUGGUAUGCAGCUUAGCGAGUAUGUGAAUUUUCAAGGAUUAUUACAAUCUCAUAAACAAGCUACAGUCUCUGUUUCUUCUCCACAAAAGUCUGCUUUAUCUGAAAAUGGUGAUAUUAACAAAUCAAAGAGUGAUCAGACUUCAAGCGUCCAAUCAUCUAAUCCAUCAGAUUUUACUGCACAGCCUAGUAAAGCUAAAGAGCUUAGAUUUCUUCCUUCUUUUCCUCGAGGUCGUGGACGUUUGCAUCAAGCGCUUACGAAAAUGAAACGUGCAGCAACAGCAUCUUGUGAUCCUACUACCCGUUCAAGUUCCAGCGUAACAACGAGAAGAUUUGCUUCAUCUCAUGGUUUUGGGAAAAACAAAUCUAUUCAUAUAAGUUCUCCUCUUAAAGCAUCCACUGAAGAUAUGAAUUGCUCAAAUAAAUUAGGAAACAUUUUCAAUUCACCAUCUCAUUUACAUAAUAAUCAUAAUAAUAGUCAACUUGCAUUAUUAUUGGCUACAUCGGUCUCACCAUCACCUUCGUUGCAAACUCCAUGUUUAACGUACUUGCAGUUAGAAUCUAAUGAAUCAGUUAACUCUAAUAUUGAUUCAUCUAAUUUGUCAGAAGGUCCUCAUGAAUAUUCAAACAAAGAAACAGGUCGUUAUAUCGAUAUAUCAGUCAAUCAACAAUCUAGAAGAGAACAUAAAGCAACCAGUCAGCUUACUGUUUUAGUAUCGGAAACUGGAGAUCAAGACAUAAACUCAGAUGGUAAUGCUAUUCAAAGUACUAGUAAUCGAAGUGAAUGCACAUUGUUUGUUCAAACCAAACAUCCUUUCGUACCAUUGCCUGUUCAAUUAAGUAACCCUUUACCAUUACAUAAAUGUCCUAGAAGUACAUUAUCUCCCUUUGUUCCUUUUGUGGUAGAACUAUGCGUUACACUAGUCGAACGCUAUGGUCUCAAUUGUAUCGGUAUUUAUCGUUUAUCUGGAAGUAAGGUGGCUCAUGACUUCAUUACCUCUGAAUUAAGUAGGGAUAUUACUACAAUCGAUGUAACAUCAGAUAAAUGGAAUGAUUUACAUGCUGUUUGUGGAGUUUUGAAAACAUUUCUACGCAAUCUUCCAGAUUCCCUUUUUCCUAAAGUUAUGUAUCCAGAUUUUCUGGCUGCGUGUCGCUUAUCACAACGUGAAAAACGUCUUCUAUCUAUUCAACGUUUAUUAAGUAUUAUGGAAUGUUAUCCAUGUCAUCCAGAGUAUAGAGCACAUAGAGCUACACUUCGUUAUCUUGUUACUCAUUUAGCUCGUGUUAGUGCUCGUGAAGGAGUGAAUAAAAUGACAGCAUAUAAUUUAGCGUUAGUAUUUGCACCAAAUCUUGUACAACCAUGUGAAGAUUCGCCUGAAUUACUAAUGAGUGAUUCUAAAUAUAAAAUUAUGCUUGUUGAAACUGUGAUCAAAUAUCACGCGUGGAUAUUUUCACCAGAUUUAGGGCUAGAAAGUGGUUGCUCUGUCCCACCAGAUUCAACAGAAGAUUUAACACCGGAAAUUGAUGUUAAUAGUAAGAAUAAUUCUACAAUAUGUGAUAGUUCAACAAUAGAUUCUGAGGAUUCAAUUCAACAACCGGGACGAUUAGAAGGUGACGUUCAACCGUUGGUCGCUGAAUUAUUAACUGCUGCUGCAAGCCUACCACCUCCACCAUCUGACAUGGAUUUAGAAACAGCUGAAAUACCUGGACCAGAAUCUGAUCGACCUUCUGACAUCAUUAUGUCUAGACCACGUUUCACUUCAAUCCCGACUAGUAAUUGGUCGUCUUCAGUAACAAGUAUUUCUAGAAUAUCAUCUGGUGGCCUACUCAAUGAGUUGAGCACAACAACAGAUAAUUUAUCCACAUUAAAAAUUAAAUCAGAUUUCAGUGAAGAUCAAACAAUUGCAUCAGAUGUAGAACAUAAUGAAACUGAAGGACAUUUAUUAAGUGGUACUAGUUCAAUUUUACGAUCCCUUCGGACUCCUUCAGGGUUCGGUACUAAACUGGAUAAUCUACGUCACUUAAGUCAAGGGUGUUUAGAGGAAUAUACAUCCGAAGCCCGUAAACUUGGUGUUCGAGUUGCAGAAAGCAAACUUGUACUCGAGAAUACUGUAGCACAACGUUUACAUGCAGAACAACGUUUAUUUGAAGCCAGAAUUGAAUGUUCAGAACCAUUUGUAGCAACAUCACUAAAACCUCAAAAUGAUCUGUCUACAGAGUUAAUUGUUCAGUCUCAGAGUCCCAAUAAUAUGUCAACUUCAGUUUAUCCUACCCCUUCUAUUACUGCUGGUAAAAUAGGAGAUCUGGGUGUUAGUGUAUUCAAAGAUGAAAGUUCGAGCAAUACUGUUCAUCUUGAAUAAAAUAGACCUAUCGGUGAUAUUUAGGGGCUCUAAACGCAAUGAAACUUGUUUCAUUCAAUUAAAAUUGUUUCCUUAUGACUAUUAUUAUUAUUGUAAUUAUAAUAGUCGACUUUCGACAUCAAUGAAUUUUAUAUUCAGAAUGUACAAAAAGAAAUACAUUGAUUUCCAAUUAUCCCUUUAUUUACUAUAAGAUUAUGAAAGUAGACAUGUUUAUACUUUCAAAUUUCGCGGGAGAUACUUUUCAAACUGUAUUCCACUUAUCAUUCAUGACAGUUAUUUGUGUGAAACAGAUUUUUCCGUUUCUUUUUUCUUCUGCUUCUUCAAUGAAAUAUCUGUUAAUGCACGUUUUCAGUUGAAUUGAUAUUUACAAUUAUCAAUCAUCCUGUCAACUUCAUCUGCAUAUCUCCAUAAAAUAUACAAUCGUACAGAGAAUGAAUGGAUGCAAAACCCAUUGAUGGGUCCAAUUUCCUACUCUCUCGAUGCAUUAUAUCCCUUUUAACACUAUAUUACUGUCCUAUGUGCCAAGCUGUGUAAUAAAUGAUUACAUUGUGUAAAAAAACCAUUUCUUUGUUCUUGUUAACCUAUUUUAUUUCUCAAAAAGUCAUUUAUUUGCCAAUAUAUAUAUAAUGCCUUUGUUAGAAAUUUUUUCAAAUAAUAGCUUCAAUCCUCUGUAUUUUCAAUAAUAUACAUAUUUAUUAUACUUUCUCUUUAGUAGUAUUUAGCUUUUGAAACCUUUUCCCCUUGAUCAUAACCGUCAUUCUUACCAGUCUAUUUAUUUAUUUGUCUAUGUGAAUUUCUUUUUUAAUCUUACAUUGACUACACAAACUAAUUGAGUUUCAUUCGUUCAAUUAAUUCGAAUUUCAUUGUUACCACUUUUGGCUCAAACUAUUUGUUGUUAUUUUUCUGUGUGUUGUAUGUGUUUAUAGAGCAGUAUGGUAAAAUUACUAUGCACCAUACAUUUAUCUAAUAAUCCUUUGUUUUUUCAUGCAACGUCAUUGUUUUUUUUUCUUUAAUGAUUUGUUGUUUCCCUUUAUUCACACAGGUUAAUAAGUUAAUGUCUUUCAAAAAAGUUGUUGUUUUUUUGCCGCUCCAAUCUCAUUCAUAAUACUUGUACAAUUUAAUUAAUUUGUUUACCUUGUAGUUAAUCAUUAUAAAUAUUUUUUUUCUAUGAUAGUUGUUGCUCAUAUAUUUGUCUAUUAUCAUUGACUUUUUCUAACACUUUUUCUCUCUCACUUUCUUACAUACAUCAUCUACCUUAAUCAUACUGAUUUUCCAGCUUGGUCGGACUUUUAUUCCCUAUUAUUAUAUAUUCUGUUCACUUAUCUAUCCGUUUGUCUCAUAUACUAAGUAAUAAUUAUUAUUUGUAUAUAAAACAAUUUUGUCAUGUGAAAAUCGAUUUUAUUCUUUUCAUUUCUCCUACGUUUAAUUUAUGCAACUUUCUUUAAGUGUAGUGCUGUUUCUUUACAUAUUUAUGUUAAAUUUGUCUAACGCUUAUUGACCCUUCACAUAAAACUUGCGUUAGGUAAAACAAAUUAAUUUUGCGGUAAUAAUAUCGUUAAUACUCUUACUCUCUCCCUUUGUUGUUAUCAUUAGUGUUGUUUUUUUCUGUCUCGGUACAGUACUGAUUAUUUUUAUUGUCUAAGCAACAACUCUUUCCGGUUCUGUUAUUGCCAGUUGUCUGAUGAACUAUGUGCGAUUUAUUUUGCAUGUUUAUAUCAAUUAAAUUGUGUUUUGUUCCUUGUUUCUCGCCUCCCCUCUUCUCCCAUUGAUCAUUAGUUUCAGAAUAUGCUGAAUUUUUCUUAUUUUUCUAUUAUCCUGCCCCCCCCACCUCAACCCUAUGUAAUCUGAAAACGUAUUGAAUAAAAUGUGUCAGUAAACUAUAAAAACCGUAAAGAUUAUUUUAAAAAAACCUAUUGGCUUUGUUUUGAGGUAAAAGAAUUUCCAUUUAAGUUUAUUAUCAAGAAUAUCAUAGUUACUUGCUUUGUUGUUCCUAUUAUUAUUUUUAAAAAAAACACAAUCUGUAGUCCCUCCCUUAUUUCCUUUACCGUUCCCCGCCAGUCUUCAUAUUUGUAAUUUUUAUUGUGCUUCUUGCCGUGUGGUUUGCUUUAAUUGAUAUGACUUUUUAAAUUUUAGUUUUAUUUACGAAAUUAAAUUAACAUGGAUUAAUUUUUCUGUUUGCUGUUUACACAUAUUUAUUUUUAGUUACAAAAAAUAAUCAUAAUCAAAUGAUAACUGCUUCAUGUAAAAAGAAAUAAUCAGAAAGAAUAGAAUAAAUGUAUGAUUUGAUUAUACUUUUGUUGAAAUUGUUGCAAACAUUAUAUAUUUAUUAAACCAGUAAUUAUUAUUAUUAUUAUUAUUAUUAUUAU